AUGGGCGCUAUUGUGCAAAGUAGUGGUGAUACGGAGGCAGGUGGUCAUUGGGGGGCUGAUUGUCCAGCUCGUCGCACUUACUUAGUCGCUUCUAGAGUGUAUAAUUCUUCACUGCCAGCUCCAAACAACGCCCACGUUUGUUUCGAGAAACGCCAUGGUUUAUUGGUAGAGAUACUUUGGAUAUUACAGUCAGUGACUGUGCUUGUUUUCGUUCGGGGCAUUUAUCGGCUGAAACAGUUUCUUGGGAGCUCCGACGCCGAUUUGGCCACUCAUGAAACCUUUUUUUGUGUUCGACGCGUCUUUGCCUUCUAUGAUUAUCCUUCUGUUGGCCAUCAUUCACCCCGGCCGGCUUCCGAAUGUUGUUCGCGAACGUAA